AUGAACUCAUUGUUCUCACUGAGAGCAAAUACGACGGAAAUCGGGGUGCUCGACCCGGCACUUUAUAAAGCGGAUUGCCACGUCGAGGAUUACUUAUGGCCGGAGGGACACGUGGGUCGAGUAUGGUUUACAUUGAAAUAUGAGUCGGAGACGGAGCGACUUCAGAUCCACAUCAUCAAAGUUAAACAUUUGCCUUCUCGUACUCCGGCGCUUGCCAAUGCCUGCGAUCCUUAUAUCAGAAUCCAACUGAUGCCAGAUGAAAGAAGAGUUCUGCAAACAAAGCAGAAGAAGAAGACUUGCAAUCCAUUUUUUGAUGAAACUUUCGUUUAUCAGAUUCCACCUGGAAAGCUGGAGAGUCUUACGCUAAAGCUGUCAGUGCUGGACAGCGGUCGUGUGGGCAGGAAUAAACCGCUCAUAGGUCACAUUAUCCUGCCCCUGAGUGAACUGGAAGGUGUCGCACCGGAUGAGGAGCCACAGUUAUAUAAAAUGGAUAUAGAGAAGGACAUCCAAGAGCCAACAUCAGAUCUCGGGGAGGUGCAAGUAUCACUGUUAUAUAACGAAAACUUACACAGGCUCACGGUUACUGUAAUAGAGGCCCGGGGACUUAAGCUCGACCCAACGAGUAGACGUGAAAUGGUAGCCCGUGUGACACAAGAAAGGGCCUGUCGUGGUGUUAGGGCGAGGCGAACAGCAGCUGUUGAAGUCUCAGAAGAAGGUUCUGCUCUGAUAUCUGAAUGUUUCCACUUCCGACUACGAUCCGACGAGCUGCACACGACAAGCGUCACCGUUCAAGCGCUACAGCCUCACUCCGUAUAUGCCAAAGACCGCCUACUCGGUAAAUUCGUGCUCGGCUCAUACAUGUUCGCAAGAGGGCGGGCUCUACAGCACUGGAACUCAGCUAUCGGAAACCCGAUGGAAUCUGUAAAGCAAUGGCAUCCUUUAACAAACUAA